AUGACAGAUUCCGAGAUUCUACGGAAAGAUGAACUUGAAAUACGUCUCCACAAUGAGAAGAAGCUGAUUCACGAAGGCGCCCUCAAGGAUGAGAACCCGUUGGAUUUCAGUGAAGGCUUCCGACAACUCUGUGAGGCUUGUCGGAAAGGCGACUUGAAAGUGUGUCAGGAGAAGAUUUCAGAGGGAGUCAACAUCAAUGCGCGGGACAGCUAUGAUUAUACGCCUCUUAUUCUGGCAAGUCUAUGCGGACAUUUCGAAGUUGCACAACUUCUUUUAGAAUCCGGCGCAUUGUGCGAGCGAGACACAUUCCAAGGUGAACGAUGUCUAUAUAAUGCCCUUAACGACCGUAUCAGAAAUCUACUUCUCAAGUACGAUUACUCGAAAUCCACCGACCCUCUACAGCCUUUCGCCGCACACGUAUUGUCUCUCUUGACGCGAGAUCAUCCGGUAACAUGGGAUAUCGUCGUAACCGACGGAGAGGAAUCCCUAUUUCUUCACAAGUUCAUCCUUUCGGCACGCUCGCCAUACUUCCAGAAAAAACUUGCAGCUGCUCCUGAUUCUACGUCCUGGAAGCUUCCCAGCACACUUCCACCGGCAGCUUUUGCUGCUGCAAUCCGAUAUAUCUACCUCGGUGAUUCUCCGAGAGAGUUGCGCGCUGGCCCGGGAACCGGGUUCACAGAGUCCGAGGUCGUCGCUGGCGUUGACCGAAUUGGCAGACACCUCGAGAUUCCGAACCUAUUAGACAUCGUUUUAGAAUCUGGGGACAGACGAUUGGCUCGCCAGAGACGAACGGACGAGCUAGCUCGAGGAAGGGAUCAAUUCGAAUCCUGGUUUGAGAACAACAUCAUUCGCCAUAAGGUUGUUGUUGAGACGGCAAAAGCCAAUGAUGUGAAGUGGGAUCGUAGCAACGGAAUAUUUGCCGACGUGCUUCUUCGAGCUGAUGAGCUUCCUGGUGAGGCCAAAUCGACUGUACAAGCACAAGAGAGCCGCACCAGCUUCAUACCUGUGGGCCCUAGAGGUGGAAGCUCGGCAGACCAGAACAACCAUGCGGCACCAAAGCAAAUGUCUGUUCUAUAUCCCGUUCACCGGGCGAUGCUGUUGCGAUCAGAAUUCUUCAACGCCAUGUUCUCAUCGGCAUUCAAAGAAGCUCAAGUCACAGAACAUCUUAACAUAAUAAGCGUUGACUGUUCACCAGAAGUGCUUGAAAUAGUCUUGAGAUUCUUCUAUACUGAAAAGGCCGACUUCCCGCUAGAUAUCGCGGUGGACGUGCUUUUCGCUGCCGAUCUCCUGUUUAUUGAAAAACUCAAGACCAAAGCUGCCGUGCUCAUCAGCAGUCUGGGAAGCGCCAAUAUGUCACAAGCACAGGCAUCCAAAACUCGACCGGUGCGACAGAACGGACAAAAGACCGACGACAAAGUUGACGAGGACGGGAUUGAUAUAUAUGAAAUUAUCCGGGCCGGUUGGCUCACCCGGGUUCAGCGACUUGAGGAGUUUGGCGCACGUUAUCUCGCUUAUAGAUUAGAGGAGCAUGUCGACACAGAAGAAUUUGCCGAACUAAUUCAAGAAUCUGCUGGACGAAUUCAAAAACGUCAGGAAACCGAUUCAAUUGAAUUACUCGACGACAUUCGCUUUUAUCUCAGCGAGCGCUUCCGACUUCGAUUUGAUGAUGCCGGUCUAGCAGAAAUGAUUGAGGAGAAUGAACCUAAAAACUGGUUCCCUCCCGAAACACAACAAACUGGUGAUCAGGCGGCCGUCACAGAGGAUAUGGCCAAUUUGAACAUCCCUUCGGAACAAGCCAAACCGGAAGAGGUCCUGCCAGCUGAUUUGAAUCCAACUGCAGAUCACGUUGCUAUUAUCCGGACACUGGAUGGUGCCAUUGUUGAGGAUGAGUUUGACCAAGAUGCGAUGAAUUAUGAGAUUCUGUUGGACAAAUUGGAUCGACUAUUGGAGCGACUCAACUUGGAUGCUUAG